AUGGCUGGGCUCCGGGACGGAGGGAAUUCGGUAGGGUUUAUAUUUUUUAGGAAGGCCACUGAGCCUCCAGACUCAAAGUCGAAGACGUUGGGAGUGGGCGCAAAGGAGGGUUUGAGAAUUUGGGGGGUAGAGAGGGGGGGCCUCAUCGCUUUUGGGGGGAGGAAGCGGGGGGGGCCUUUAAAGGGCCUUGGAGUCUUGCGGCAUGGGGUCAUGGUUUUUACUGCUUCCACGGUAAUUCUUCCCAAAAAGGGGGCUGGGUUGAGAGGUGUCAGUAUUGUCGGAGUCAGAGUCAUGGGUGUUCUCAUCAUCCCGGAUGUAAUGGGUUUCGUGCCCGGAUGUUGUGGCCAUGCUAGGGUAGAGAUUUGGCAGUGGUGUUUCUGUCUUGAGAUGGUGGACAGAUUGGCUGUGCAAUUAGGAGAGACAUGGGUUUUCACAGCGGGAUGGCAGGUGGUAAUGGUUUUUACGAUGAACUAUUUGCACAUUGUCGUGACCGCCCUUAAGAUCCCAUCCACUGUGGCAGAAGGGGAUGUCUCUUGGCUCAGCUCCCGCAGAGAAGCUACAACCAGGGCUGCAACCUCCACAUUUACUUGGGGAAGCUAG